GACUUCAGGGCAGCGUGGACGGACAAGCGGCCGCCGUCAAUUCCUGGCCCUAGACCACCGCUUCAGGUUCUCGGUUUUCCACCCUUUGGGGGACACGCGCCGUCGGGGGUGCGUAUUGAGGAAGAAACACCCAUCACGUCUCUCGGGGUAAAAAUUCCGGGGAUAACACAAGGAGAACCUAGUCAGGUGAAGGGCACGAACACGAGAGCCGACGACCGCGAGCCCACAGAAACGACUUUAAGCCUGGGAAAGCAAUCCAGAGUGCUGGAACAAGUGACGAUGCCACCACCCCAGGUCGAAGAGCAGAUGAUGACCGUGACGAGGAGUGAGAUGCAAAGAAUGAUAGCGGAGGCGGUGGCAGCCCGACUCGAGCAGGUACAAGUCGAGAACCCCAGGCUCGAGCAGCCCAGGAUCGAGCAGCCCAGG